AGGAGUGAGGCAUUUGGUGAGGAAAGGGCUGUUUUUGUUCCAGAUCCUCCCAAGUCAAAGUGUGGCCUUUUGCUGAUUCCAAAGUGGCUUCAAAAUGCUCAUCUCUGUACCUUGCUUAGCUCUCCUGGCACCCUCCUUUUGUACAGGUGGUUUUCUUGGAAUGUGGGAAGGUUUAUUCCUUUACAGUUGUAGGUUUCAAACCGAAAUCAUUGCUCACCCCAAACAUGGUUUUGUAAGGACAGUUUGGACUACUGCCCAAACUCGGACUUUGUGAGAUAUAUUUUAAACGAGCGAUGUGCUUCCCAAGGGAUCGAAAACUCUAUACAUGAAAUUAGGUCCUUAAUCACAAAUUUUAUAGGAGAAGCUGACCCUAAAACUUGAGGUGUCUGUAACUCUAUGCCCAGUAAAGAUCAGUCUGGAAGUUUGUAAGCCCUGGGAGCCCAUGGAAGGUUUUCAUUUAGCCCCAAAGUCUUUUUAACAGAAAGAUUUGUUCCAGAAACUUCAGUGGCACCAAAUGGCUACUGAUUUAGUGGAGUUUAUCACUUUCGGUCUGCGAUGAAACAGUAAUGAGCAUAUUUUGUCGAUGAUGUGUGUGUACUAGUUUGUUGGGCGGGAUGUUUGCUUUCUAGGAAAUAGCACUGCAUUGAAACAUCAGAGAAGUUUCUACUACUCUCUUGCAGAAAAUGAGCUUUGCUGUGUUAAACAGCCAUUCCAGUUUUCAAGUUGUGUGUAGAGAGGCUUCCUAUUAGUUUUGGAUCAUGUCGUGUACUUCUUGCCCAGAAUGAAAGCCUGUUUUUCUAAAACUGAAUUUAGCAUCCUAAAGAAUUUCAUCCAAUGCAUAUCCAUCAAUGUCCUUUUCCUACAAAGUGUCUAUCAGGCAUUUUAUUUUUCUCUGUAAGAGCAAAAGAUUUUCCAGAAAAGUCACCUUAGCCAGGGUAACUAAACCAUAGUGCUUCCUGGUUGAUAGCUGAAGUGACUGUUUUUCUCAUAAUGCUGGCGGCUAGAAGAACCUUUGGGACUUUUUGCUCAAGAUGGCACUGUGUCCUGUGAGCUAGUUGGCUCAGAGUUCCAUCUUGCUUGCUGCCCCUCAGAGCCACAAGUAUAACAGCACAGACAUCGGAUCUUCCGUAGGACACAUCUCGCAUGGUGGAUCUGUAAAGAAACCAACCUCCUAGGAGAGGGAGGGGAAGAGCCGAGCCGUCAGGUGUGUGUGCCCAAGAACCAUGUCUGCACGGGAGUCCUUUAACCCGGAAAGUUAUGAAUUGGACAAGAGCUUCCGGUUAACUAGAUUCACUGAACUGAAGGGCACCGGCUGCAAAGUGCCUCAAGAUGUCCUGCAGAAAUUGCUGGAAUCCUUACAGGAGAACCACUUCCAAGAAGAUGAGCAAUUUCUUGGAGCGGUUAUGCCAAGGCUUGGCAUCGGGAUGGAUACGUGUGUCAUUCCUCUGAGGCAUGGUGGUCUGUCCUUGGUUCAGACCACAGACUACAUCUAUCCCAUCGUCGAUGACCCUUACAUGAUGGGCAGGAUAGCCUGUGCCAACGUCCUCAGUGACCUCUACGCCAUGGGGGUCACAGAAUGUGACAAUAUGCUGAUGCUCCUUGGAAUCAGUAAUAAAAUGACUGACAGGGAAAGGGAUAAAGUGAUGCCCCUAAUUAUACAGGGUUUCAAAGACGCAGCAGAAGAGGCAGGAACAUCUGUAACGGGCGGCCAAACAGUGCUAAACCCCUGGAUUGUUUUAGGAGGUGUGGCUACAACUGUCUGCCAGCCCAACGAAUUUAUCAUGCCAGAUAACGCAGUGCCAGGGGAUGUGCUCGUGCUGACAAAGCCCUUGGGGACGCAAGUGGCCGUGGCCGUGCACCAGUGGCUGGACAUUCCUGAAAAAUGGAAUAAAAUCAAGCUGGUGGUCACCCAGGAAGACGUGGAGCUGGCCUACCAGGAGGCAAUGAUGAACAUGGCCAGGCUCAACAGGACAGCGGCGGGACUCAUGCACACGUUCAAUGCCCACGCGGCCACUGACAUCACGGGCUUCGGGAUCCUGGGCCACGCGCAGAACCUGGCCAAGCAGCAGAGGAACGAGGUGUCCUUCGUGAUUCACAACCUUCCAGUCCUGGCCAAGAUGGCAGCUGUGAGCAAGGCCUGCGGGAACAUGUUCGGCCUCAUGCACGGGACCUGCCCGGAGACGUCAGGGGGCCUUCUAAUCUGUUUACCGCGAGAGCAAGCCGCUCGGUUCUGCGCAGAGAUCAAGUCCCCCAAAUAUGGUGAAGGUCACCAAGCGUGGAUUAUUGGGAUCGUGGAGAAGGGGAACCGCACAGCCAGGAUCAUAGACAAACCCCGGAUCAUCGAGGUCGCGCCACAGGUGGCCACCCAGAAUGUGAACCCCACACCGGGCGCCACCUCUUAAUCUCGGCCGGGUCCACAUGUGGUUUUGGUUUUAAAUAGCUCUAUUUCCUUUAUCAUUUCAAUUAAAGACUAUAAACAACAACGAAAAAAAUCUCAUUGUGUCUACACAUCUGGUGACCUUAGGUCGAUUUGUGAGUGGAUGCAAUUAAUAAAAUAAAAUCCAUUGCCUUUUUUUCCUGUUACAUUAACUGAAGAUGCACCUAAUCUUGAGGCAGCUUCUGAGUUGAGAAUUAUAUUGUUAUCCAAUACUGUUGAUUCAUUUUGAAUCUUUAGACACUUAUCUCUUGCCGAGUAGGCUCUUUUUAAAGGUGCUUUCACGUAGCACAGACAUUAUGCGUCGUAGUGUUGAAUAGCAGUCUGUCUUUUCAGUUUAUGUAUAUUUAUCAUUAUCGGUCUGAUCCUUUUUGAAGUGUCUGGAAUGAUAUUCUGGAAGGACAGGAUUGGUGACUGACACAAGGGUACCCCAGUAGUGAGAGGGUUGCAUGAUUCCUUCGAGUCUUCUAAUGCAAGAGCAUCUCUGACCCAGGCCGUUUCCCAAGAGUGCAUUCAGUUAAACAAGGCAAGUGCUCAACUCUGCAUGGAAAGCACUUUGAAAACAAAAAAGAAAUGUUAUUUCUUUUUUUGUUAGCCUUCUUAAUACUUACAGUAAUAUCAUUAACUGUUUUCUUUACAAUGGACACUUUUUGCAGUGUAAUUAGAUGUUUGGUAGUGCAGCAAAGAAUUGCCCUCUGAAAGGGGGGGGUCCAUGUAUGAUACUCAUUUACAAGCCAAUAUAUAAUUAACUACACAAAUAAUUUUAAAUAUAAUCAAUAAUAAAGACUUCUGUGGAUGGUAGUGUUUAAUACAUUUUAUAUUUUGUAUAGUGAUGUCAGGCCUCUUGUUUUCUUAAAAUCAGCGGCUACUCAGCCUCAUUCUUAGCAUUAUUUUGUCCUUUGCACCAGUACUUUUCCGUGCACGCUUUCUAUGAUCUGUGUGGAAACGCAUCGCCAACUGUGCAGCUUGAAACUUCAACUUGUUAUUCAAAUAAAUAUUUAAUUUUUUUUAUUGCUCUUGUAUAAUCAGAUGCCCUUUUUAGUAUUAUUUUAGAAGCAUUGGGAGGGUUUUGGCUAAAAUACAAUUUAUUGGGGGAAAACUAGAUUUUAGUUUUAUAAAACUUUUAAGUCUUUCAUGGGACCUAUAUUUUCUUGAAUUAAAUUUUGUAGCUCUAGAACAAAUAGGUGACCUAAAAAGGUGUUUAUCUGUGUUACUUAAAAACAGAGGCUUCCUUAUAUUUUCACCUACUAAGCGUCUAGGAGGGACCCCGUCCUCAAGCACAAGUGCACUGACUUCUCAAGUGUCCACAUUCGCUGGCAUCGCCCAUUCGGAACGCUUCCCGUUUGCAGGCACCAAAGUGGAGAGAACAGCCUGACUUCUUGCCAAAGGAAACCACCACUUGGGAGACCAAGGCCCUGAAGGGCUUCUGCCUUGGAUGCAUCCUCUUCACACGUGUAACUGGAACUCAAGCCCCAAGCUGAGUGCUCGGGACUGAGGGCUGCCGCAGAACUGAAGGUCAUUGGACACUUCACAGGGAUUGAUACCCAUGUUAGUCUCAAAAGCUGCAAACCAGUGGUCUGCAAAAUAAAAUGUGUUGGAAACCUCUGA